CGGGCGGGCGGGCGCAGUCCGGACCCGGCCGGGGACGCGCCGGGGCCUCCGCGGUAGUCGGGGCGUCCGAGCGUCCUCGCGCGCCGUGGCCAUGGCCGUGCGCCCCGCGCGCGCCUGCCUGCUGGCUCUGCUGCUGUGCUACGACUGGGGGUCGCUGGUCGCGGUGGCCCAGAGGCCGGGCGCCGGGUGCCCGAGCCGCUGCCUCUGCUUCCGCAGCACGGUGCGCUGCAUGCAUCUGCUCCUGGAGGCCGUGCCGGCCGUGGCGCCGCAGACCUCCAUUCUGGACCUCCGCUUCAACCGGAUCCGAGAGAUCCAGCCCGGAGCGUUCCGGAAGCUGAGGAACCUGAACACGCUGCUGCUGAACAACAACCACAUCCGGAGCAUCCCCGGCGGGGCCUUCGAGGACCUCGAGAACCUGAAAUAUCUCUAUCUGUACAAGAAUGAGAUCCAGGCGAUUGACAGGCAAGCCUUUCAGGGACUUUCCUCCCUAGAGCAACUGUACCUGCACUUCAACCAGAUAGAAACCCUGGACCCCGAGUCCUUCCGGCACUUGCCGAAGCUGGAGAGGCUGUUCCUGCACAACAACCGCAUCACACACUUGGUCCCUGGGACGUUCAGCCACUUGGAGUCCAUGAAGAGACUGCGCCUGGACUCGAACGCCCUGCACUGCGACUGCGAGACGCUCUGGCUGGCGGACCUGCUGCAGACGUACGCCCGCUCCGGGAACGCGCAGGCCGCCGCCACCUGCGAGCACCCGCGCCGCCUGCAGGGCCGGUCGGUGGCCACCAUCACGCCGGAGGAGCUGGACUGUGAAAGGCCCCGGAUCACGUCGGAGCCCCAGGACGCCGACGUCACCUCGGGGAACACCGUGUUCUUCACCUGCAGAGCCGAGGGCAACCCCAAACCCGAGAUCAUCUGGCUGCGGAACAACAACGAGCUGAGCAUGGGGACGGACUCGCGCCUGAACCUGCUGGACGACGGGACCCUGAUGAUCCGCGACACCCAGGAGGCGGACCAGGGCGUGUACCAGUGCAUGGCCAAGAACGCGGCCGGGGAGGUGAAGACGCAGGAGGUGACCCUCCGCUACUUCGGAGCGCCAGCCCGGCCCACCUUCGUGAUCCAGCCGCAGAACACGGAGGUGCUGGUCGGCGAGAGCGUGACGCUGGAGUGCAGCGCCGCGGGCCACCCGCUGCCGCGGGUCACCUGGACCAGGGGCGACCGCUCGCCCCUCCCCGAGGACCCCCGCGUGAGCACCACGCCCUCAGGCGGCCUCUUCAUCCAGAACGUGGCGCAGGAGGACGGCGGCGAGUACACCUGCUUCGCCACCAACAGCCUGGACAGCAUCCACGCCACGGCCCUCAUCAUCGUCCAGGCCCUUCCCGAGUUCACGGUGACCCCUCAGGACAGAGCUGCCAUCGAGGGCCAGACUGUGGACUUCCAGUGCGAGGCCAAGGGCUACCCUCAGCCUGUCAUCGCGUGGACGAAAGGAGGGAGCCAGCUGUCUGUGGACCGGCGGCACCUGGUGCUGUCUUCGGGCACACUGCGGAUCUCGGGCGUCGCCCUGCACGACCAGGGCCAGUACGAGUGCCAGGCCGUCAACAUCAUCGGCUCCCAGAGGGUCGUGGCGCACCUGACGGUCCAGCCCCGAGUCACACCAGUGUUCAGCAGCGUCCCCGGCGACCAGACGGUGGAGGUGGGCACCAGUGUGCAGCUGCCCUGCAGCUCCCAGGGGGAGCCAGAGCCAGCCAUCACCUGGAACAAGGAUGGGGUGCAGGUGACGGAAAGUGGGAAGUUCCACAUCAGCCCCGAGGGGUUCCUGACCAUCCACGAUGUGGGGACCGCCGACGCAGGCCGCUACGAGUGCGUGGCCCGGAAUACCAUCGGGCAGGCCUCGGUCAGCAUGGUGCUCAGCGUGAGCGUCCCUGACGUCAGUCGGAACGGGGACCCGUUUGUGGCCACAUCCAUCGUGGAAGCCAUCGCCACCGUCGACAGGGCCAUAAACUCCACUCGGACACACCUGUUUGACAGCCGACCUCGCACCCCCAACGACCUGCUGGCCCUGUUCCGCUACCCGAGGGACCCCUACACCGUGGAGCAGGCGCGCGCCGGCGAGAUAUUCGAGCGGACGCUGCAGCUGAUCCAGGAGCACGUGCGGCACGGCCUCAUGGUGGACCUCAACGGCACCGGUUACCACUACAACGACCUGGUGUCUCCGCAGUACUUGAGCCUCAUUGCCAACCUGUCGGGCUGCACGGCGCACCGGCGCGUGAACAACUGCUCCGACAUGUGCUUCCACCAGAAGUACCGGACGCACGACGGCACCUGCAACAACCUGCAGCACCCCAUGUGGGGCGCCUCACUGACCGCCUUCGAGCGCCUGCUGAAGGCUGUGUACGAGAAUGGCUUCAACACCCCUCGGGGCGUGAACCCGGGCCGGCUGUACCACGGGCACGCGCUCCCCAUGCCGCGCCUGGUGUCCACCACCCUGAUCGGGACCGAGACCAUCACGCCCGAUGCGCAGUUCACCCACAUGCUCAUGCAGUGGGGCCAGUUCCUGGACCACGACCUGGACUCCACGGUGGUGGCCCUGAGCCAGGCCCGCUUCUCCGACGGGCAGCACUGCAGCUCAGUGUGCAGCAACGACCCCCCGUGCUUCUCGCUCGCCAUCCCACCCAACGACCCACGCGUCAGGAACGGUGCACGGUGCAUGUUCUUCGUGCGCUCCAGCCCGGUGUGCGGCAGCGGCAUGACCUCCCUGCUCAUGAACUCCGUGUACCCUCGGGAGCAGAUCAACCAGCUCACCUCCUAUAUCGACGCCUCCAACGUGUACGGGAGCUCGGAGCACGAGGCGCGCGCAGUGCGCGACCUGGCCAGCCAGCGUGGGCUGCUGCGACAAGGCAUCGCGCAGCGAUCCGGGAAGCCGCUGUUGCCCUUCGCUAGCGGGCCGCCCACCGAGUGCAUGCGGGACGAGAGCGAGAGCCCCAUCCCGUGCUUCCUGGCUGGCGACCACCGCGCCAACGAGCAGCUGGGCCUCACCAGCAUGCACACGCUGUGGUUCCGCGAGCACAACCGCGUGGCGACCGAGCUGCUGGCGCUGAACCCGCACUGGGACGGCGACACCCUGUACCACGAGGCCCGCAAGAUCGUGGGCGCGCAGGUGCAGCACAUCACCUACCAGCACUGGCUCCCCAAGGUGCUGGGCGAGGUGGGCAUGAAGAUGCUGGGCGAGUACCACGGCUACGACCCGGGCGUCAACGCCGGCAUCUUCAACGCCUUCGCCACCGCCGCCUUCCGCUUCGGCCACACGCUGAUCAACCCCGUGCUGCAGCGGCUGGACGAGGACUUCCAGCCCGUCGCGCAGGGCCACGUGCCGCUGCACAAGGCCUUCUUCUCCCCGUUCCGCAUCGUCAACGAGGGCGGCAUCGACCCGCUGCUGCGGGGCCUGUUCGGGGUGCCCGGCAAGAUGCGCGUGCCCUCGCAGCUGCUGAACACCGAGCUCACCGAGCGCCUCUUCUCCAUGGCGCACACCGUGGCCCUGGACCUGGCGGCCAUCAACAUCCAGCGCGGGCGCGACCACGGCAUCCCGCCCUACCACGACUACCGCGUCUACUGCAACCUGUCGUCCGCCCACACCUUCGAGGACCUGAAAAACGAGAUAAAAAACCCCGAGAUCCGGGAGAAGCUCAGACGGCUGUACGGGUCCCCCCUCAACAUCGACCUGUUCCCGGCCCUCAUGGUGGAGGACCUGGUGCCGGGCAGCCGCCUGGGCCCCACGCUGCUGUGCCUGCUGAGCACCCAGUUCAAGCGCCUCCGGGACGGGGACAGGCUCUGGUACGAAAACCCCGGCGUGUUCUCGCCGGCCCAGCUGACGCAGAUCAGGCAGACGUCCCUGGCCAGGGUGCUGUGCGACAACGCCGACAACAUCACACGCGUGCAGAGGGACGUGUUCCGGGUGGCGGAGCUCCCGCACGGCUACGGCAGCUGCGAGGACAUCCCCAGGGUGGACCUGCGGCUGUGGCAGGACUGCUGCGAAGACUGCAGGACCAGGGGCCAGUUCCACGCCUUCUCUUACCACUUCCGAGGCCGGCGGUCCCUGGAGUUCAGCUACCGGGAGGACGAGCCCACCCCGGAGGCUGGGCCCGGGAAGACGCUGAGUGUCGGGGAGCACGGCGAGCGUCCCAGGAACGCCACCCCCCCCUCCUCCGAGCACCCGCAGGGGCCGGGGACGAGCGACUUCCGGGACUUCGUCCUGGAGAUGCAGAAGACCAUCAGCGAUCUCAGGGAACAGAUAAAGAAACUUGAGUCUCGGCUCAGCGCGGCCGAGUGCACGGACGCGGACGGGGAGCCCCACGCGGACGGCGCCAGGUGGAAGCGAGACGCAUGCACCCUCUGCGAGUGCCGACACGGGCAGGUCACCUGCUUCGUGGAAGCCUGCCAGCCCGCCGACUGCCCCGCGCCUGAGAGAGUGGACGGAGCCUGUUGUCCGUCCUGCCCGAAGGACAGCCCGGGAGUGCGGCCUUAGACCCCUCGUGCUCCGAGAGCCCCUCCACGUGUCCCCUGCGGUCAGCGGCCGGGGCGGGGCCUGCAGGCCGGAGGACGCCGAGGACGCGGCCGCUGCGGACACAGCGCGGGGGCUCGGAGCAGAGACUGCGCGGCAGGAGCAGACACGAGUCCUGACUUCACGUUAGAUUCUCAGGUUUUUAUUUAAUGUUUUUAACGAAAACUCGGUGCUACUAUUAAAUUGCACAGUUAAGUCAUUUAG